CGAAUCUGCCUAAACUGUGCAUAGGAUUUUUUGUGUGUUUUGCAGCAUGGGUUUGCUUGGAGCUGGGUGUAAUUUGAAAUAGUGUCAUAGUUUAAGAAUUAUUGCCCAAUAACAGAACAAUGAUUCUGUAAAUCAGUGUUUGGACUUCAUGUACACUUCACGUGUUGGAACGUGAUUUGAAGUCACAUUGCUUUCUUUAAGCAAUGUGACUAGUUGUUUUAGUUGAAUUGCCUAAUUUGAAUUAAGAGUUUUCUGUGCAUGGCUACAAUUGUCGGAAGGGUUGGGGGGGAUAUUUAAUUUGAUACUUGGCAACCCCGCUUUUAAUAGUGCCUUGAGCUCGUAAAAAUUAUCUGCCUGAGCCACAUUGAUUGAGAACAAAGGAUUCGUUCGUUGAUUCUUCUUUCAAUUCCUUGAUGCAUUUUGUCGUUUAAAACUUGCGUGAUAAUGUCCGUCGGCAUCGAGUCAGGAUUCUCAAGUGAAGAGGUGUUGAAUGUUCGUUUCCCUCUCCAUCGCGCGUGUAGGGAUGGAGAUGUCGGUGCGUUGUGCUCGCUCCUCCAGUGCAUUAGCAACCCGGCCGACCUGGCUGUAGAAGACUCGUUUUACGGCUGGACUCCCAUACACUGGGCAGCUCACUUUGGAAAGUUGGACUGUGUGAUGCGUCUUGUCCAGGUGGGCAGUGGCGUUAACUCUGUGACCUCCAGGUUUGCCCAGACGCCCACCCACAUUGCUGCGUUUGGUGGUCACCCCGAGUGCCUGCUGUGGCUGCUGCAAGCCGGCGCAGACGUCAACAGACAGGACUAUGUUGGUGAGACCCCAAUCCACAAGGCAGCUCGUGCGGGCAGUGUCUCAUGUGUCCAGGCUCUGCUGGUUCAAGGGGCCACAGCUGAUGUGAGAAAUGCCAGUGGGUUGACGGCCGCAGACCUGGCCCAUGCCCAGGGUUUCGGGGACUGUGCCGAGAUCCUUUCCAAUGCCCAGAACCUACAACUGAACCAGGCGCAGACCAACGGGUUCUGCUUGAAUGGUGGUGCCACUGGCCAAAACGGAGGCCCCUCCCUCCCAAUUAUCCAGGGUCGGAGCCUCCUUAAUGGGGCGCCUAAUCGAAAACGUUCGUUUGAUAGCAUGGAAGCCAAUCAAAUCAAGAAGGCGAGAACUGACGGUCUGGGCCUGCCACAGGGGGUACUGAAUGGAAACGGGUCGUCCUGCAGCACUGGGGCUGACCUGAUGGAGGGCAUGCAGGAGGAGUUGUCACCAGCGGAGGUCUGGUGUUCAGCAGGUAUGGGAGUGGAUAUCCCUUCCAAUAGUCACCGUCUGACCCAUCACCUCGGCUACAGGGAUACAACAACUGAGACUGUGGUGGCCAAUGGCAAUGCAGUCAGCCAGGUGGAGCACCAGACAUCAGUGAAGAUGGAGCAACAGUACGACCAUGCCCUCUACAGCACUUUGAUGCUCUACCAUGGCUCCUAACCUUGACCCUUGGGUUAUUUGAAUGCCUGCAUGACACUAAGCUCAUUUUAAGCACUCUUAUGCCUUAAACGUAAAGCUUGUUCUGAGUUUGUGUUAAAAACCAUUGUUGGAGAGGCAUGUUUUACUUUACAGGAGGAACAGCCUACAUUAAGUUUGUAAUUACAAAUGCUUUUUAUUAUGUGACUAAUUUGUGAUUAAAAUACUAUUGUGGAAAGGGAAUCCAGAGAAUGUGUUG